AUGAAAACAAACCAAAUUUCUUCCAGCAAACAACAAGACCAGUCGACUUUCGCAGCCGCCCAAUGUCCACGCCGGUAAUUUGCCGCGUCUGCACGGCACCGACGCCGCCGGACGCCUCCUGGAACCUGUUCGAGUGCCAGGCGGCCGACGGCUACAGUCUCGCCCAGCUGGUCGCCCUCGUCGGCGACAUCGAAGUGCGUCCGGACGAGGCGGACCUUUCGGCGUGGUGCUGCGUCCAAUGUCAGCUGGACGUGGGAGCGGCGUACCGGGUGCGGGUGCUCUGCCAGGAGUCGGACCGGAAGCUGCGGGAAAUGCUGGAGGCGGCGGUCGUUGAGACCAGUUCGGUUUGCCAGAUUGAGGAGGAUGAAAAGGAGGAAUCUUCCACCUUGCAGCACACGGAUGCGUUCGAAGAGAUUCCAAACACCAAACAACGCUGCUGCGGGUGCCACCAGCUCUUCGACACCGUUGAGGAACUUGUCGCGCAUAGUACGGAGCGAUACGCGGUUGCCGAAACGCCAAUGGCUACAAAGGACAGAGAGGUUUGCGACGUGUGCUACAGGUUGGUGGGCAAGCGGUACAUGGAGCUACACAAGCAGUCACCCAAGACGCUGUUCCGCUGCAAGGCUUGUGGUGAGCUGUUUCUCGCCAAGCGGCAUGUCACCAGGCAUGCGAAAGUUUGCAGCUCCGGUCAGGUGCAUUCGCCCCGGAAGGAUCAAGCGAACGAAGGGAGCACCGAAGAGAACGCGACAUUCAAGUGUUCGCAGUGUAGGAAGAAGUUUAGAACUCAGAAAUCGCUACGUGCCCAUGAGUACAUUCAUCAUAAUUCGUUUUCCCAAAAGUGUACACGCUGUGCUGAGGUUUUCACCGAUUUCAACGAGUACAGGACACAUUUGAAUAGUCACCGGAAGAAUAAACAUGAUGUUCCAAAAAGGCACCAGUGCUUUCACUGCCCGGCUAGCUUUAAUCACAAGAGUAGCAUGUCUCGACAUGUGAAGAAAUACCACCUGGAGAUUUCGGCAUCCGCAGAGAACAACCACAGCCGAACCGAGGAUACCGAGGAAGGUGACGAUACGUUUGAAGAGGAAGUUGUCUUCAAGAUCGAGGUUGAAGAAGCUACGGUAGAACCGGAAGUUGCCCCAGCAUCUACAGGAAGUCGAACCGAGGUUACCGAGAGUGGUGAAGAUACGAUAGAAGGGAAUGUUGUCUUGAAGAUCGAGGUCGAAGAUCCGGUAGAAACACAAGAGUCUCCCGAGGAAGACGAAGAUAUGUUUGAAGAAGAUGAUGUCUGCAAGAACGAGGUUGAAGAUCCGGCAAAACCACAAGAGACUCCCGAGGAAGACGAAGAUACGUUAGAUGCAGUCUGGGAGAUCAAGGAUGGAAGAAAGGUUGAUGUUGUAGAAAGCGAGAAUGACGACGACGACGACGAAGAGGCCGAAUCUUCAGCAGUGGACGACUCACCAGCUCAUGAAUCGGAACUUUUCCAGGAAAUCAAGGCGGUCGACCAGCGCCGCUGCUGCUCCUGCCUGCUAAUCUUCCCCAACGAAUCAAGCCUGCUUGAGCACGCUGAACAAGUACAUAAAGUUGACGAUCCUCCGAAGGAGGACGCAGUCAACAACAAGCUCUGUAACGUCUGCUACAAGUUGAUCAACAAAACGAAUUACGUCCGGCACGGUAGGCUCCCGAAGACACUAUUUCGUUGCACAGCUUGCGAUGAUCUUUUCUUCUCCAAAAAACUCGUCCUAAAACACUACAGAUGGGAUCAUUACAGCCCGCGGAAAUGUUGCACCUGCAAACAAAAAUUCAAAACCGUAGAAGCCCUUCGCCAGCAUUCCAACGAGGUCCACCUCCCAAAAAAGCGCAAACCAGACAAGAACCGCCCGUACAGCUGCAACCUGUGCUACAAAACGUUCAAGAACAAAGGCAGUCGAGACAAUCAUCGAUCGCGAGCGUUCAACUACUUCAGCUGUUCAAAGUGCAGGAAAAGCUUCAGCUUGCUGCGGCAACUCCGGCUGCACGAGGAGACCCACGCGGACCCAACCGUCAACGUCUGCCCGUACUGCGCGAAAGCAUUCGACGAUCGUAUCAAGUGCGAACGGCACGUUCGGGACGUUCACGAGCAGUCGCGGCACCACUGCGAGCCGUGCGGCAAGGCGUACAAGUGCCGCAAGACGCUGAUCCGGCACAAUAUUGUCGAGCAUGGCAUUCCGGGGCCGUACGCGUGCGAUCGCUGUCCGGUGAGCUUUGCGCUGGCAGGGGAAGUCAAGGAUCACCGGCGGAAGUUCCAUCCGGAUGGGGUGGGUUCAAGUGAGGACCAGGCGAUGGAGAUGGAAGAGGAAGGUGAAGCUAGCUGGGAGUGCAAGUUGGAGGUUGAAGAGCCGAAAUUGGGUGGAUUUGAAGACAGUGAGGAGGAGGAGGAAGACGAUGGAGCGAAGGCAUGAGCUUUGUGGGGAUGUUGAUAGGCGUAGACUUAGCGCAAUCGAAUAAAUUAUUUAUUUUGGAAUG